AUGGCAAAGGGCACAACAAAGAGUGCGGCGCCGAAACGAAGCGCAAGCAAAGCGGCGGUCUUCGAACAGGACUCCGAUGGCUCAGACGAUGGAUCAUUGCAGCUCGAUUCUGGCAGCGAGCUUGGGUCCGACUUGGAAGGGUCCGACGACGACGAGGCUUCUCAACGAAACCCAGAAGAAGAAGAAGAAGAAGAAGAAGAAGAAGAAGAAGAAGAAGAAGAAGAAGAAGAAGAAGAAGAAGACGAGCAAGAGGAGAGACCAAAGUAUGCUCAGUUCAUGGACGACUCUGAUCUCGAAGAGGCUUCAGAUGACGAUUCUCAGGACGAUGACGUCUCGGACGACCAAGAGGAUGCCGGCCGUGCCGCGUACAGCAGCGACGAAGCAACAUCCGACGACGAACAGGACGGCUUGCAGCAGCAGAUGAAGCAGAUUCCAUUCUCGGCUCUCAUGAAGGCCAGGCAGCAGAUGGCUGGCGACGAUGACGACGAUUUCAGCGAACCCGACAUUUCCGACCUGGAAGAAGAUGAAUUCGCACAGGACCGCCAGCGUCUGGCCCAGGCUAAAGCAGGCAAGCAACCGCAGCGUAAAGCAAGAACCAACACCUCAUCCGACGCCGACGAAACACUGGAACAAAAGCGUCGCGAGGUGCGAGAGCGUCUGCGACAGCUGAGUGGAGGCACAGCUACCGGUUCCUCCUCCAAUGGUGCUGCCGAUGAUGCAUGGGCGGAAGCUCGCAAGCAGCGCGAACAACGACGCAAAGAGGCAAACGAACGCAAGGAGCUCGCCAAGCGGUCCAACAAGAAUGCCCCCACCGAAGUCUCGAGCAAGCGACCGGUCUCGCGUCGUCGCAACGUCAUCGAGACCGCUUCGAACCAAGUGCGCGAUCCUCGCUUCGAGUCGCUAUCCGGAAGCGUCAACAAAGAUCUCUUCGCCAAGUCCUACUCCUUCCUGCCGGACAUGUUCAAAGACGAGCUGAGUACACUCAAGAAGACGCUCGCCAAGCUCAAGAAGCAGGAGGCCACGCAAGCGGGACCCAAGGCCAAGUCGGAGCAGGCGCUGGCGAUUCGCGAGGAACGCGCAAAGGUGGAAGCUGCACUGCGCAGAGCAGAGGGUUUGGCAGGCGAACGUGAGAGAAGGGCGAGAGAGUCUGCGGUGAAGGGCAAGAUCAAGGCACAGAACAAGGAGAGGGUGGAGAAGGGCUUGUUGCCCUUCUAUCCCAAGAAGAGCGAGGUCAAGCAGAUGCUGCUCAAGGAUAAAUACGACCGGUUGUCGGGUGGCGGGAAUGAGGAUGGCAAGAGGGCAAGUGGGCAGGAGAAGAAGCAGCUCAAGAAGGCCUUGGAGAGGAGGAGGCGCAAGAACACGCAGAAGGAAAAGCGAAAUAUGCCGGCUGGGAUUGGGUUUGCCACGGGAGCCAAUGCGGCGAUACCCAAGCGCAAGAAGAGUCAGGACGGUGGUGCUGCCGGAGAAUCCAGCAAACGAUCUCGCUUCUGA